AUGUCGCCUCCGAUAUGGCCGCCAAGACAGAGGAGAGGCUUGCUGGCAAGCCACAAAUCCUCCGGGACUCAGGACUUCCAGAUAGUCCAAGUCGAGGAAGACAAGCAGGAUGAGAUGUACUACCCGGAAGUGGUCAGACGUUUGAUCAUGCUUCAGCCCAUCACCGCCGCCGCUGCUGUCAUCUCAGGAUACAGGUACUGGAGACUUCAGUUCGCGCAGCUAUUAAUGUUGCAAUCACUCGGUCUGAACAUGAACAUGCGUCUCUUCUUCGCAGUGAUCGAUUUCAUCGUAAACGCGCCGACAACUUUCAAAGCUGUUCUAGACAUGAUUUCAAUCUUGACACCUGUGCCACGACGACCACAUCUGCAGCUUCGAGGCAACCUCGUUCCAACGGUGGAUAUCAUAAUCACUGUAUGUAAUGAGCCUGUCGACGUUUGCCUCGACACGGUUCGAGCUGCCAUCAACAUAGACUAUCCUACCGCACGCUUUAGAGUUAUUAUGACAGACGACGGGGCAAGCAAGGAGCUCCAAAAAGGUGUCACUGAGCUGGCCAGGUCGAAGCCAGAGGCACUGUUAUUUUACACCGCUCGUGUGAAAGGAACAGACGAUCGUCAUAAAGCUGGGAAUCUCAAUCACGCUUUGAGGUUCGCAAGCUCACUUCCUGGCGGGCCUGCUGAGUUCGUUUCCGGACUGGAUGCGGAUAUGAUCCCGAUGAGAGACAUGCUUCGAGCUCAGAUGCCUCAUCUGUUGCUCGAUCCAAAGAUGGGCUUAACAUGCCCGGCAGCGACCUUCUACAACGUUCCCGUGAACGAUUGGCUGCUACAAUCUCAGACCGUGCACAACAAAUGGGAGGAGUUCUCGAGAGACAGAAUUAAUGACGCAUGGUGUACUGGCUCGGGGUGGGUCGCGAGACGUUGCGCGAUCGAUGAACUCGGAGGUGUUCCAAUGCAAACAAUCGGCGAGGAUGCGUUCAUGUCCACUGGCAUCUCCAACAACGGCUGGAAUACUGCCUUCAUCCCCCAGUCCUUGCAAUUUGGAUUGGUGCCCGACACAUACGGUAGUCACCUGAAGCAACACAGAAGAUGGAAACUUGGUGGUCUGAUCAUUGGCAUGGACAAAAGAUUUGGUCUUUGGGGCAAGAAUGUGAAAGGUUUGAGCUGGAAACAGCGCCUCUGGUGGUUCUAUUAUCCUUUCAGGGCCCUGACUCUGCCACUCAUGACACUUGGUCUGUUUACUGCCCCCAUUUUCAUGCUCGCCGGAACGCCAUGGGUUGUUUACGCAACGGACAACGACCUAAAAGCCCUGGCACAAGCCUCAGCCCUAUCAUUCAUUAGCACCUUCGUUCUCAAGUGCCACAUGUCCUUGAAAACUGGUUACAGGGCCCACAUGAUGGAACAAUGCAACGAGAUCUGGAUCGCGCCAUAUCAUACCAUCACACAGCUUAAGACCUUUGUGCUUCCAAAUUGGCUCGGGGGGCAGCUACUGACAUUCGUGCCAACCGGAUCCAUCCCGAACGAUUUGCACGAACGAAAUGCCAAGAGGCGGGCUUCAUUGCAGAGUCGGCUACGCUCAAUCAUGAUAAAAGACGGUGCCAUAUUCCACCUGCUGUUCGCCGCAUUCUGCGCCGCCGCGGUCAUCUCAGUCAUCGCAAGGGCCCAUCACCAAUUCCCCGAGCACGGAGCUCAGUUUGGGAUCUACCUUUUGACCCAUCUCGGCUGGAUGCCUAUGCCAUGGCUCUUCUCAUUUUUUGCUUGCCUCACACCAAUCUUUUACGCCUUCUUCCCGCCGACUGUUCCGGACAGAAAGGAAUUGCUGGUCCAAGAUCCUCUGACUGGGGCUCGUUACCCCAAACAGAGCGCCAGAGGUGUUACAUGGGUCCCCGAGCUGCUUGGCUUUGAGAAAGUGCACAUUAUUGUGUUUGUGUAUUCCCUCUGGAUUUUAUACGAAAUGUCCCGGUGGUGA